AAGUAAGUAGUCCAAACUUGCUUGCUUUGGUAAAUUAACGCUCACUCAGAUGAGGGAGAUGUCCGGCUAUUGGCCAAGAGUUAGAGGGCACGUCAUCCCCAUCCAUCACCGAUCCAAUGUUUCUACAAGGCAUGUCGCUGUCUAGAUCGGUGCCUCGGUCCCUACGCGCUCGAUGCGUUGCCUGAGUGACCGUCUGUGGAGAGACUUUCAGUCGCUUGCAGUUUUGGAUAACAUUUUGGAAUAUAAAUAAGAUGCAGUUAUGAAUUCUUAUCAAGGGUUUAUGGGCGGCCGGGACAAAACGUCACUUUGCAUUAAGGGCUAUCAGGCUACGGGACUCAUGCGCCUGCAUCAGGACCACGGAGACUUUUUAACCAGAGAUGAGCAACAUGACAACGCCGAAGCGGAUUUUCUUCAAUAUCAUUUUACGCAUCUCAGUGCCACGGCCACAGCCGCGUGCUCAAAGCCCUGUGAAGACCCCAGACCCCCCUUACCCCAUAAUCAAGAUUUCUAUAGACCAGUGCACCCUGGCCGACCCCAAGCCCCCUCCUUCCAAAGCUGUCGUGAACGGGGUCUUUCCAGAACGGGCUUCUCUUCCUCAGACACUUUGAGAACUUUCUCCGGUGCGCACUGUGGCCCAGUUAACACCACACACCUCGAUGGCCCAAGAAAUCACCCGGGAGUUGAGGAAGAUACCAAACACGUCGAGGAGUCUCUAAACACGUUAAAUGAGACAUGCGGAAAGACAUUCGAUUGGAUGAGAGUCAGGAGGAAUCAGCCACGUGCAGGCAAGACACAGCUGGGGAGAUGUUCAGACCCGGAGCCGAAGGCGGACCACGGACGAGAUCCUGAUGAAACCUGCGCGACCGGACAGACUGCCGGCGGACUCCCUCGAACGAAUUUUACCACCAAACAACUCACAGAACUGGAGAAGGAGUUUCAUUUUAACAAAUACCUGACUCGAGCCAGACGGGUGGAGAUUGCCAACACUCUUCAGCUAAACGAAACCCAAGUGAAGAUCUGGUUUCAAAACAGACGCAUGAAACAGAAAAAAAUUCUGCGUGAAGGCCUAGUGUCAGGAUUUAUGGAGAUUUCUACUUGUAAUGACGAUUUACCAUCAAAGUAAAGAAACAGUUGUUACUCCCCCGAGAAACCUAAUUUAACCACGACAAGAUUGUUGGGACUAAAACCUGGACAAUUACCUGCUCAUUAUGGUGCAAGUCAACAUCCUAUAGGAAAAUCAUAAAUAUUUACAGCCCACAAGUUGCCCACAAUUCUUACGAAAAUCGUAGGAAAUUAAAGCAGUAACUCUAAGCGAUAAAAUAUAUAAAUGUAGGCUAUAUAAGAAAGUCCGCUCACCUGUUGAGGCCAGCGGAAUAAAUGCGGUUUAAAUGCACUUUAUUUUUUUAA